AUGGUGCGCACAGCCCAGGGGGAGGUCUAUCAGUGCAGCUCUUGCAAACGAACGUAUGUCCACAAGAAGAAUCUUCUACAACACCAACGUCUCAACUGUGGCAAGGAACCACAGUUCCCUUGUCCACUCUGCCCGUACAGAGCCACUCAGAAAGUGUCACUUAAGAAGCACAUGUUGUUUAAACACAACCCUGCGUCCGUCACUGGAUGUUGCCCAGGGACCGAGAACCACCAGUGCUCUCGGUGCGGCCGACGGUACCAGCACAAGCACAAUCUGCUCCAGCACUUGAAUGACUACUGCGGUAAUAUUGGGGUGAAAUUUCUCCUGGUUUGGUCGAGUGUUAACUGCAGAUGUUGCCCAGGGACCGGGAACCACCAGUGCUCUCGGUGCGGCCGACGGUACCAGCACAAGCACAAUCUGCUCCAGCACUUGAAUCACUACUGCGAGGACAGGAAGUACCGGUGUUCCCGGUGUGGCCGCGAGUACAAGCACAAGAGUAAUCUCCUGCAGCACGUGAACCGGUACUGCGGUAAAGCUCCACAGUUCCCCUGCCCGUUCUGCAAGUACCGGUGUUCCCGGUGUGGCCGCGAGUACAAGCACAAGAGUAAUCUCCUGCAGCACGUGAACCGGUACUGCGGUAAAGCUCCACAGUUCCCCUGCCCGUUCUGCAAGUACCGGUGUUCCCGGUGUGGCCGCGAGUACAAGCACAAGAGUAAUCUCCUGCAGCACGUGAACCGGUACUGCGGUAAAGCUCCACAGUUCCCCUGCCCGUUCUGCAAGUACCGGUGUUCCCGGUGUGGCCGCGAGUACAAGCACAAGAGUAAUCUCCUGCAGCACGUGAACCGGUACUGCGGUAAAGCUCCACAGUCCCCCUGCCCGUUCUGCAAGUACCGGUGUUCCCGGUGUGGCCGCGAUUACAAGCACAAGAGUAAUCUCCUGCAGCAUGUGAACCAGUACUGCGGUAAAGUACCACAGUUCCCCUGCCCGUUCUGCAAGUACCGGUGUUCCCGGUUUGGCCGCGAGUACAAGCACAAGACUAAUCUCCUGCAGCAUGUGAACCAGUACUGCGGUAAAGUACCACAGUUCCCCUGCCCGUUCUGCAAGUACCGGUGUUCCCGGUUUGGCCGCGAGUACAAGCACAAGAGUAAUCUCCUGCAGCACGUGAACCGGUACUGCGGUAAAGCCUCACAGUUCCCCUGCCCGUUCUGCAAGUACCGGUGUUCCCGGUGUGGCCGCGAGUACAAGCACAAGAGUAAUCUCCUGCAGCACGUGAACCGGUACUGCGGUAAAGCCUCACAGUUCCCCUGCCCGUUCUGCAAGUACCGGUGUUCCCGGUGUGGCCGCGAGUACAAGCACAAGAGUAAUCUCCUGCAGCACGUGAACCGGUACUGCGGUAAAGCCUCACAGUUCCCCUGCCCGUUCUGCAAGUACCGGUGUUCCCGGUGUGGCCGCGAGUACAAGCACAAGAGUAAUCUCCUGCAGCACGUGAACCGGUACUGCGGUAAAGCCUCACAGUUCCCCUGCCCGUUCUGCAAGUACCGGUGUUCCCGGUGUGGCCGCGAGUACAAGCACAAGAGUAAUCUCCUGCAGCACGUGAACCGGUACUGCGGUAAAGCCUCACAGUUCCCCUGCCCGUUCUGCAAGUACCGGUGUUCCCGGUGUGGCCGCGAGUACAAGCACAAGAGUAAUCACGUGAACCGGUACUGCGGUAAAGCCUCACAGUUCCCCUGCCCGUUCUGCAAGUACCGGUGUUCCCGGUGUGGCCGCGAGUACAAGCACAAGAGUAAUCACGUGAACCGGUACUGCGGUAAAGCCUCACAGUUCCCCUGCCCGUUCUGCAAGUACCGGUGUUCCCGGUGUGGCCGCGAGUACAAGCACAAGAGUAAUCUCCUGCAGCACGUGAACCGGUACUGCGGUAAAGCCUCACAGUUCCCCUGCCCGUUCUGCAAGUACCGGUGUUCCCGGUGUGGCCGCGAGUACAAGCACAAGAGUAAUCUCCUGCAGCACGUGAACCGGUACUGCGGUAAAGCCUCACAGUUCCCCUGCCCGUUCUGCAAGUACCGGUGUUCCCGGUGUGGCCGCGAGUACAAGCACAAGAGUAAUCACGUGAACCGGUACUGCGGUAAAGCCUCACAGUUCCCCUGCCCGUUCUGCAAGUACCGGUGUUCCCGGUGUGGCCGCGAGUACAAGCACAAGACUAAUCUCCUGCAGCAUGUGAACCAGUACUGCGGUAAAGCCUCACAGUUCCCCUGCCCGUUCUGCAAGUACCGGUGUUCCCGGUGUGACCGCGAGUACAAGCAACAAGAUACCGGUGUUUCCCGGUGUGGCCGCGAGUACAAGUACAAGAGUAAUCACGUGAACCGGUACUGCGGUAAAGCCUCACAGUUCCCCUGCCCGUUCUGCAAGUACCGGUGUUCCCGGUGUGGCCGCGAGUACAAGCACAAGAGUAAUCACGUGAACCGGUACUGCGGUAAAGCCUCACAGUUCCCCUGCCCGUUCUGCAAGUACCGGUGUUCCCGGUAUGGCCGCGAGUACAAGCACAAGAGUAAUCACGUGAACCGGUACUGCGGUAAAGCCUCACAGUUCCCUGCCCUUUCUGCAAGUACCGGUGUUCCCGGUGUGGCCGCGAGUACAAGCACAAGAGUAAUCACGUGA